CAGUUGCCUUUACCUCAUGUUUGAAAAAUAAAAAAAAAUGCAGAAAAUUAACAAUUACUGUUGGACAUUUAUUAAAUUUCUUAUCGCUUGGGCCACAUGCGUGGUCAUUAUUUUUUGUUGUUGGACACACAAAAAGACGGAUCUAUUGGCAAUUCCAUAUCCACCAGCUUUAAUCAAUUUCAACACGUCUUCACAAUAUUUAUCCAGCAAUCUGGCUUCACCUUGCCAGCUAGGAAACCACAUUUUUGAACUUGCAAGCCUUUACGGCUUAUCCAAACAUUUGAAUAGAACACCUGCGUUUUUCAUUGAAUCUGGUUACCACAAAAAUAUGUUGGAUUCAAUUAGAAGUACAAUGCCGGGUCUUAUAGGGAAGUAUGCAAUCUUUGAUGGAAGUGUACCAACAUCUCUAAAGGAAACCAAAUUUCAAAAAGUAUGCUGUGUUUAUGAAAAUCCGUGGAAUCUAAAGAGAAGUCAACAUGAGUAUUUGCAUUUAACCGGCAAAUUUUAUCAGAGCUGGAAAUAUUUCCCCAACAUGCGAGAGGAACUGAUUAGUUUCCUGAAUACAUCAGUUCAAAAUUUUGGCAUUUUGCCAAUUUCCAACAACAACACCCAUGUGAGUUGUGUACACUCUCGAAGAGGCGAUUUUGUUGAAAUGAACUUUUAUGCGACAGACCCCAAGUUUAUGAAAAAUGCCGUAAAGUUCCUAAAGGAAAAAGAAAAUUAUAGUAAGAAAAAUCAAAAAAUUGUUCUAUUUGGCGAUGAUUUCAAAUUUAUGAGAAAUCUAUUUAGCGAAGCAAAAGUCUCGACGGAUGCUCAUGAAAGUGUAGAAUACUAUAUUUCUCAAAAUUCGGCAAUUGAUGACUUCCUUUACUCCGCGUACAAUUGUGACGAGGUUUUAAUCACAGCACCCCGCUCCACAUUUGGCUGGUGGCUAGGCUAUUUCUCAAAAGGAGACAAGGUUUACUAUUUGGAUAUCAAGCACGCUCGGGACCGUGUGUACGACAAUGGAGAGAUAGCAGAAAAUGACUUUUUUUUACCGCACUGGACGCCGUUGAAAUUUGCAGCUGCCAUUAAUUUUACAGUUGUGGAAAGUGGGAAAGUGGACUGAAUAUUAAAAUACAGAAGAAUCAAGAAUUUUCUGCAAUAAAUGUUUCUAAGAUU